AUGGCAUUGCUUGAGAAAUUGCAGAGGCGGGCUUCGGACCUGGGACUGUGGUACCGGUUUAUACAGUUACUGCCGAAGCUCGCACUUUUUUGCGGCCUAAUAGGUAUGGCAUAUCUUGCGCUAUGGCUGCCGUCAGAGGGCCAGUAUAGGCACACGUACAUUUCAGAGAAUGCUCUCAUGCCAUCACAGGCAUACAGUUACUUCAGGGAGACCGAAUGGAACCUGCUGCGCGGCUACAGGGCACAGCUAGAGUUGCUGGUAAACGAGCCCGUUGACAAGAAAAACGUAAUCUUGGCAGGUUGGCUCGAGGAGAUUGGCCUUAAAACUGCUGUUCACAAGGACGCUGACCACGGCGACUCCCUAUACGGCGUGUGGCAUGCUCCCCGAGGUGAUGGAACCGAAGCCAUGGUCCUGGCUGCUCCGUGGCACAACGGGGACGGAGAGUUCAACCUCGGUGGAACAGCAUUGGCUACUGCCUUGACCAGAUAUUUUUCACGCUGGCCAUUGUGGUCCAAGAAUAUUAUCGUUGUCUUCAGCGAGGAUCCUAAGGCCAGUCUCAGAUCCUGGUGUCAUGCAUACCAUACUAGCCUCGAUUUAACCGGUGGGUCCAUCGAAUCUGCAGUUGUCUUGGACUACCCAGGCGCCAAUGACUUUUUCAAAUAUGUCGAGAUUUUUUAUGCGGGGCUGAAUGGCGAACUUCCCAACCUGGAUCUUGUGAAUGUUGCAGUUCACAUUACGCAGCAUGAAGGAAUGAGGGUGUCGUUAAAUGGAAUUGCGGAAUCGGAGAUGGAAGAUCGCGAAUACUACGGAAAAAUGAAGCAGCUACUGCUGGGGGUCAGAAAAAUGGCUCUCGCCGGUGUUCAAGCCUGCUACGGAAAUGAAGCCUUUAGUGGAUACAGAAUCCAAUCUAUAGUGUUGAGAGCACGCGGAUCUGGGGGUCCUUUCGAUAUCACCACGUUUGGUAGAGUUCCAGAGGCCAUGUUUCGAUCUGUGAACAAUUUGCUCGAAAAAUUCCAUCAGUCAUUUUUUUUCUAUCUUCUGCUGGCACCGCAAAACUUUGUUUCGAUUGCGAGCUAUCUCCCCGCGGCGGUAGCCUUUUCCGCUGCAUUCAUUAUGGCCGGCCUUGACCACUUUUUUAAGGGGAGUAAAUCCAUUACCUCUGGAACUGCCAGAUCAAGCGAUACCCUUCAGACUGUUACUAGGUUUAUCGCGUGCCUGAUGACGUCCUACGCAGUAUCUCAGGUGUUGCUGCAAAGGAAUAAUCCACAUGCGUUGAUAUCUGUAUCGGUUUUGACCUCAAUGGCACCCUUGUACCCGUCCAUCAAUAGUAAUUCCAUUGCACAGGCCCAUCAGCUGAAGUCCAUCUCUUUUCUUUACCUGAGCGUUGUUUUGACGUCUUUAUUGGUAGUUAAUUUCGCUCUGGCGUUCGGAAUUGGUCUCUUGGCGUUUCCCAUGAUUAAAAUCCAAAAUACCACCAAUUCCAGACUUCGCAUUAAAAACUCUCUACUGCUUUUGGCUACGAAUCCAUUUAUCGCAUCAUGUGCGUUCGCAAAUAUCUUUGAAACUAACCUUUCAGGAUUUGAUAUUAUCCGCAAUUUAGUCUCUGCAUGGAAUGAUCUCGGAUGUUGGACGUGGUUUGUUGUAUGCAUUGGAUGGCUUCCUGUAUGGAUAUCGGUAGCAGUUUCCAGCUGUUACGUCGCUGAACAAGCUGAGCCGAAUUAUCAUUCAAGCUCCGAUUGUGCCAGUGUCAAGAAGCUGGAUUGA